AUGCCAGACACUCUCGACGGAGCCAGGCCCAAAGACGAGGAGGAGUUGGAGCUAGAGAAGCUUGUUUUCGGUGACAAUGCCGGAUUCGAGGCCAACCUCCGAAAAAUCGAGAAUCUCUACGGAUCCUCAGACGAUGAACAGGAAGCCAUGGAGAGCUUCAGCGAAGGAGAGAGUGAAAAUGAAGAAGAGGAAGACAUGUUUUUCCUUGACGAUGGCGGAGACGCCAGCAAUUUCCAUGAAGUCGAAACCAAGGAUGAAGAUGGCAUGGACGUGGAUGAAGAUGAGGCAGUAUGGCACGAUUCAGAUGACGAAAAACACACCGUUCUGGUGAUCAGCGACCGUCUGAAGAAGCUCAGGCAGCUGCACGAAGAAACCGCUCUUCUGGCGCCCGCGUAUGUUGCCAGACUCAGAGCCCAGUUUGAAAAGAUCUUUCCCAGACCUUCUUGGGCUGAUGAAACCACACAAAUAGAAGACGGCAGCGACGCCGAGAACAUAGACAGCGACGAGGACAGCGGGGUUGAUCUCGGCAAGAACAUCAAGGGAUUGACGCAGCUCCUAAGUCUGAACCUGAAGUACGUCAAGCUGAAAACUGCGCUUCUUCUGCCUACCAAGAUUCUGAUUUCCAGACUCAAGGACGCCAACAUUGCUCGUCGUGGCCAGGGUCCUAUCCUUGCCAUGAGCUUCCACCCGCUGCAUCCCCUUCUUCUCACAGGCGGUAUGGACAAGACGUUACGAAUCUUCAACAUAGACGGAAGAACCAACAAGCUUGUGUCCACCGUUUUCUUCAAAGAUGUGCCCAUAAGAAGCUGUCAGUUUUCGCCUGACCCCAACUCCAGUCUUGUCUACUCCUCCGGCAGAAGACGUUACAUGAGCAGAUGGGAUACCACCACUGAAGCAGUUGACAAGGUGCUGAGAAUGUACGGUCAGGAAGAAAGCCAGCGUUCCUUCGAGUACUUCAAAAUCAGUCCUAAAGGCACCUUCGUGGCGUUGCUUGGUUCCAACGGCUACGUCAACCUUAUAAACAGCAGAACUACCCAGCUCCACAGGGCAUACAAGGUGGACGGCUAUGUUGCCGACUUUGAAUUCACAAAAGACGAGAAGCACCUCAUAGUGGCGAACUUCGCCGGCGAUGUAUGGGAGUUUAAUCUCCUGGCUCCCGACAUCGAGAUUGUUCGUCGUUGGAGCGACUCUUCUGCGGUUGCAGUUACAAAAAUCGCCCUUGGUGGCCCCACAGACCGCUGGCUUGCCAUCGGCACGAAAAGCGGUGUCGUCAAUCUUUUCGACCGUACGACCUUCACCAAUGGCCAGAAUCCAAAGCCCUUCCGCAGCGUCGGCAAUUUGGUCACCCAGGUUUUCGAAGCCAAAUUCUCCCCAGAUGGCCAGAUCUUGUGUGUGGCUUCAAAGCAAAAGAAGGACGCCCUCAAGCUCAUUCACAUGCCGCUGGGCACGGUUUUCGCCAACUGGCCUACGGCAGCCACACCCUUGGGUAGAGUGACUUGCGUGCAAUUCACUCCAAACAGCCAGAUGUUGGCCAUCGCCAACGACACCGGAAAGGUCACUCUCUGGCGCUUGGACCACUAUUAG